UGAGCUUGUGCAUGAGUAGCGUAGUGCAAAAAAAAAAAUUAAGACUAUAAAUUCGAGAAUUAUGUUUUGUUUACUUCUUCUUUUCUCCUUUGAUUAUGAACCCCGGUAAGCCUCAGGCUUCUCAUUUCAAUUCAGAAAGACUAAUUUGAUUAGACGCCCUUCCUCUUGCUGCAGCUGGUGUAGGUGGCUUAUUAGCCAGCAUGUAUCUUGAUGCUAAGUUCUUGCUAAGCAAAGACUUUCAUCAAAUUAGUGCUGGCGCUGUUGGUUUUUAUUAUCAAAAAAAAUGGACACACCAGGAUAAACUUCACUACUAUUUCCGAUUCAAAGAGAAGGCUAAGGAAAAUCCUAAUGGGAUAUUUAUUAUAUUUGAAGGAAAAGAAUAUACGUUCCGUCAGAUUGAGAAGUCUUCAAACCGUUUGGCGCAUUGGUUAAUGGCCAAUAAUAUAAAGAAGAAUGAUAUUGUUUGCAUGAUGCAUCAAAACCAUCCUACUUUUUUUAUUACGUUGUUGGCUAUCAGUAAGAUUGGUGCUGUUCCUUCGUUGAUCAACACCAAUUUGGCUGACGCCUCAUUGCUUCAUUGCAUCAAGAUAGCAGAUACAAAAAUGUUUAUCUUUGAUCCUGUUUAUGAGGCUCAAGUAGCCAGUGUUUUGCAAGGAUGCCAAGAAAUGAAUGUCAAUUUGAUUGCUUAUGGUGAAGCUACAGAAGAAAGUGAAUUUGGACCUCUUUCAUUUGGUUCUGUACUUACACCUAGUGUGUUGUCACAGUUUUCAGAUGCUGAUACAAGCGAAAGGCCUCUUCGUGGUAUCAAGUUCUCAGAUCCUGCUUAUUUGAUCUACACUAGUGGUACGACUGGUAUGCCUAAAGCUGCUAUCAGUCAACAUUCUCGUGUUUGUUUCGGCAUGGUUAUGUUUUCUCGCUGUGCCAACUUCAAAAAGGGAGACAGAGUGUAUUGUGUCUUGCCCUUGUACCAUAGUUCAGGAUUGAUUGUAUCAGCAUCUUCUACUUUGUUUGCUGGAGGUACCAUUGUAUUAGGUCGAAAAUUCUCUGCAAAACGCUUUUGGAAUGAUUGCGUUGACUACAAAGUAGACAGUUUUACGUAUAUUGGUGAAUUCUGUAGAUAUUUACUUAGUCAGCCACCUCAUCCUGAAGAACGAAAUCAUAAAGUGAGAAUGGUCUAUGGUAAUGGUAUGAGACCUGAUGUUUGGGAAAAGUUCAGAGAACGAUUUGCUAUCCCAAUGAUUUGCGAAUUUUAUGCAGCUACAGAAGCUCCUGCAGGUUUGUUCAAUGUGAAUACAGGUGAAAUGGGUGCUGGUGCUAUUGGUUUGCGUGGUAGACUUUUCAGAACACUUAGAAAAGAAGCUCAACUUAUCAAGAUUGAUCCCAUUACCGAAGAGCCCGCAAGAGAUAAAAAUGGUUUUUGUAUUAAGUCUCCCUAUGACGAACAAGGCGAAUUGAUUGUACGCAUAUCCACAGAUGGUCCUAUCCAAUUUGAUGGUUAUUACAAGAACAAAUCUGCUACUGACAAGAAGAUUUUGACCAAUGUUUUUGAAAAAGGCGAUAUGUAUUUCCGUAGUGGCGACUUAUUGAGACUAGAUAGAGACGGUUACUAUUACUUUGGUGAUCGUAUCGGUGAUACUUUCCGUUGGAAAUCUGAAAAUGUAGCCACUACAGAAGUAGCUCAAGCAUUAGGUAGCUAUUCAGGAAUCCAUGAGGCCAAUGUAUACGGUGUACUUGUUCCUAACCAUGAUGGUCGUGCUGGUAUGGCAGCUAUUGUUUUGAAAGAAGGUACAACUAUUGAUUUCGGUGAUCUUUACCAAUACCUUCGCAAGAAGUUGCCUAAAUACGCCAUUCCCCUUUUCCUUCGUUUCGUGCCUGCUAUGGAGAUUACAGGCACAUUUAAACAACAAAAGGUUGAGUUCCGUAAUCAAGGUAUUGACCUUUCAAAGAUUCCUGAGUCUGAGCCUGUUUAUUGGUUGAAGGGAGAGGUUUAUGUUCCUUUUACGAUUGAAGAUUAUGCAAAGGUGGACGUUGGUAAAGUCAAAUUGUAAUAAAUUAAACUUUUUAUUUUUGUUUUGAUGCAAAUCACAUAA